AUGGUCAGCAACAUGCAGCUUAACUGUAUCAUCCUCAACCACAUCUCUGGGUUCAAGAACCACAUCUACUCCACUGGCACUGUCACCCUCAAAGCGUACAACUACUACAAGCAAGGAUUGAAUGCCCUCUACAGCUGUGGGACCUAG